AAACAGUGCCUCACCAACAUUUUGGGCAGCUGAUAGGCUGAAGUCCAGAUUCAAGGCAUAGCGCAUACGACCAUCAUAACAGAUAACGAGAAGUUUCGACCAUGGUGAAAACAGUCAGGCUCGGGAACCGGUUACGGUACCCCAUCACCAUCGUCAAGCUGCUCAAGGGACCGGGCGACAAGGUCAGAAAACAAGAGGCGCUGCUGGAAUACUCGUUCAAAUGGAUGAGGGAAGUUGCCAUCCGGGGCGAGACACGGCAGCAAGAACAGACGACCAUCGUGACCUGGGAGUCGCCUAUCGACGGCGAGCUGAAGCACUGGCUGAUACGCGAAGGCCAGCAGAUCGUAGCUGACAGAGGGGUGAUGGAGGUUCAGGAGGAAUGCGGGCACGAAAUACAGUUCCAGGGUCUCUGCGGAAUAUGCGGCAAGGACAUGACCGAGGUGAACUGGGCUGCCGAGACCCGGGACACGGCGCGCGCCCCCAUCAGCAUGGUGCACGACCAGACGAACCUGACCGUCAGCGCUGUCCAAGCUCAGCGCACAGAACAGGAACUGCAGCGACGCCUGCUUCAAAGUCGAAAGCUGAGCCUUGUGGUCGAUCUGGACCAGACUAUCAUUCAGGCGUGCAUCGACCCGACGGUGGGUGAAUGGCAGAGGGACCCGACCAACCCAAACUACGAGUCGGUCAAGGAAGUCAAGAGCUUCCAGCUCGACGAUGGCCCGACCGAACUCGCGCGCCGAUGCUCUUACUACAUCAAGAUGCGCCCCGGCCUUGAGGGGUUCCUCCGGCGCGUUUCCGAAAUGUACGAGAUGCACGUCUACACCAUGGGCACCCGACCCUACGCACAGAAUGUGGCGCGCGUCAUCGACCCGGACAGGAAGCUGUUUGGCAACCGCGUCAUCAGCCGCGAUGAGAACGGCAACAUCUUUGCCAAGGAUCUGCAGCGCCUCUUCCCCGUCAGCACGCGCAUGGUGGCCAUCAUCGACGAUCGAUCCGACGUUUGGCCGCGUAACAGGCCCAAUCUCAUCAAGGUCUCGCCGUACGAAUUUUUCAAGGGGAUCGGGGAUAUCAACUCUAGCUUCCUGCCGAAACGCCAGGACCUGCUGAGCUCGGGCGCGGCCACCAACGGCAUGAGCAAGAAGGCAAGCAUACGAGAGCCGGCCGCCAAGAAAAACAAGGACGACGCCGCACUCGAAGCCAUCGUCAACAUGACCGGGGGAGACGAUCCCGCGCUCACGAAGCGGCAGGUUGAGGAGCAAGAACGCACGUUCGAGAAGCAGAUUAACGAUCGUCCGCUCCAGGCGCUCCAAGAGAAGCUCGACCGCGAAGACGAGGAGGCCGAGAAGGCGAGCCAGGAACCCGAAGACAGCUCCGAGUCGCGCACGUCAUCGCCUCCGCCGCAGCGCCACCGCGUGCUGCAGGACGACGACGAAGAGCUUAAAUACCUCGAACAGCACCUCACCUCACUCCACAGGGCCUAUUACGCCGAGUAUGACAGCAAUCGUGCGCUGCAUCACACGACCAGCAAUGUGGACCUCGGCUCGGUGCCCGACGCGGGGCGCAUCCUGGACGAGCUCAAGGGCAAAGUGCUCCAGGGCUACAAGAUUGUGCUGUCGGGCGUGCUGCCCAGGGGAAUCGACAUCUACCGCUCCGAGAUCGGCCUGCAGAUCAUCUCGUUUGGCGCAGAUCUCCGGCCGAAGAUCGCCAAGGACGUGACGCACCUGGUGGUCAACGCGGCGCAGCCCGGUAGGGAUAAGCUCCUCGAGGCGCGGCGGCGGCCGCACAUCAAGAUUGUCAGCCAGGAGUGGCUGGCCGCAUGCUUCAGCCAGUGGGCUGCCGUCGACGAGACGCCCUACCUGUUCACGGCGCGCCUGAUGGAGGAGGAUGGCCCCGGCCGUCAGCAGCCCGUCGUCAGCGACGAGGACGAAGAGACGUAUGGCGAGGCAGAUACCGAAAUUCAAGCUCCUAAUGGCGUUAGGGCGAGCAACGGCCGCAGCCCUAAAUUGAGAUUGAUCUUGCCGACUGGCGACGCCCACACCCUCGAUGGCGAUGGAAAUGAUUUGGACAACGAAGAGGGCGAGAUCGAAGAAGGGUUGUUGCCCAGCGACCUGCCGGAUGGCCAGGCCUCGCCCAUCGACGGGCUAAAAACGUUCAACUGGGGCGACGCUGACGAGGAGCUGGCUGAGUUCCUUGCCAGCGGAUCCUCGGAGGAUGGGGACGACGACGAUGAAGAUGGGGAUGAUGAAGGUGAACAGGACGACAAGUACAUCCCGCCUCAGGAGGACGAGGAGUCUAGCUCGACGGAUGAAGAUGUCCGCCGUGGCCGGGGAAGGAGGAGCAGGAGUCGUAGUGUGCAACCUCCUGGCGCCACUGCCUCUAAUGGUAGUAUCGAGCGCAAGAGGAAGGGUCGGGGGGAGGAGGAGGAGGAGAAUUGGGGGGGGGGCGAGGGGCCCGUGGGUGAGACACCUGCUAAACGGUUGCGGAGGACGGAGAGUCAGCGGGGUUCAUCGCUGAGGAGUAUGUAUGUUGCUGCGGAAAGUGGGGAGCAACUGGAGGCGGGGAGUGGGUUACCGACGCCCGGGAGGUCAGAUGAGCAGGAUGGUGGAGGGGUGGAUAAGCCAAAUGGGGAGGAGGAGGAUGAUGAGGGGACGGACUUUGAUGCCGCGGAGCUGGAGGCCGAGUUUGAAGCCGAGUUUGACAAGGCGAUGGCGGAAGAGGAGGCCGAGAUGAAAGGCAACGAUUGGGAAGAUGCGGCGAUGGAGGAUACGGAGAAGGGGUAGAAUUCCAUCUUGUGGCAGAUUCUUCGAUGGUGAGGAGUUUGGGGCAGGUUAUCUCAGUCUUCAGAAUUUGGUCAACGGGUGGAAC